UGACGUGAGCAAUGGCUGUAGCUAAGAAGCUACAGAGGUGCGCUGUGUCUCAGACGGGAAGGCACACUGCGUCCGUCAUCUUCUUGCACGGCUCAGGUGACACAGGGCAAGGCCUUCGUUCGUGGGUCCGGGACAUUCUGAAACAAGAUCUGGCUUUCACCCACAUCAGAGUCAUCUACCCCACUGCCCCAGCAAGACCCUACACUCCCAUGAGGGGCGCUCUGUCGCACGUGUGGUUCGACCGCUAUAAGAUCUCGCGGGACUGCCCAGAGCACCUGGAGUCGAUUGAGGACAUGUGCAGCCUGCUGAACGUGGUUGUGCAGGAGGAGGUCCGAGCAGGUGUCCCCAAACACAGGAUGAUAAUUGGGGGUUUCUCCAUGGGCGGGGCCAUGGCACUGCACCUGGCCUGCAGGUACCACCCUGAAGUGGCAGGGGUCUUCGCUCUCUCCAGCUUCCUCAACAAGGAUUCGGUUGUGUACCAGGCAGUGCAGGACAGGAAGGGGCAAUGCCUGCCGGAGCUGUUCCAGUGCCACGGGACAGCAGAUGAGCUGGUGUUCCACCAGUGGGGUGAGGAGACUGGGGCCCUUCUGAGGGAGGCUGGGAUGGCCGUCUCCUUCCACUCAUUCCCGGAUUUGUACCACCAGAUGUGCAGGCCAGAACUGGAUCUCCUGCGCUCUUGGAUCCUGAAGAAGCUGCCCCCCGAUAGCCCCCUACAUGGACAGUGACCCCUCCUGUCCUCCUAAGGUUAUUGGAAGGAAGCAACUAGGCUGCUGCUCUUGGGUCAUGUUUACUGCCCCCUGGAGGUCAUGUGCUGGUACUGUGCCGAUGCUGAAGGCCAGAGCUGGCAUACGUGGACAGUAUCAGCUACUUGAGAAACUCAGCAGUGAAGAAUAUUCUGGGAGAAAUGGGAAGGAUACUUAUGUUUGUGACUGCACUUACAAUGGAAAUAUGAAAUGCAGUAGGACUCCUACAUUCUACCAUAUUCUUUUAAAGACACUUAGUCAACAGUGUCACCAAAACUACAUGGUAAAUAACAUGCAAAAGGGUAUUAAAAUCAGUGACACUUUGUCUUUAUAUUCCAACAAAUCUCCUGGAAAACAUUUGGUAUAACAUUUAAAUCUUUCCCCAAAGAAAUGAAUAGAACUAUUCAAAGGCUCCAACAACUUUUAUGCUUUUCUUUUGU